UCUAACAGUUAUUUUCUAUUUGGACACCUAUGAGGAAAAUUUUCAGAUGAUGCUGGCUGGUAAUGGUUUUUACUGUUUUCUUCAGGCAAGGAAACAAGACAGCUGGGAAGAUAUUCAUUCAGACACAGAUGUUCUAACCUCAAUCCAAACCAAAGAAGGUCUGAAACUCCUGUUGGUAAGGGCGGAUGUUUUACAUUUCUCGGGCGAUGUCAUCGUCAACACUGUUCCUAGGACUCUUCAGCUUGGAGGAGGACCGCUGUCUCGGGUUCUUUUGAAGAAAGCUGGUCCAAACCUCCAGAAAGAGUUAAAGGCCAAAACACAAAAAGCAGAAGAGAAAGUGGGUAGCAUAUUUGUGACAAGUGGCUACGACCUGGACUACCAAGCUGUGAUCCAUGUCGUGGCUCCAGGCUGGGAUAACGGAGCAGGAUCAUCAUGGCAGAUCAUGGCAAAAAUAAUCAGGAAAUGUUUGAAGACUGUGGAAGAACAAUCUUUCGCUUCGAUCACAUUCCCCAUGAUUGCAACAGGAAAUCUGAGGUUCCCCAAAGCUAUUUUUGCUGAACUAAUCCUUUCAGAAGUGUGCAGUUUUAGUAGCAGUGCACAGCUGAACACCUUACAAGAAGUUCACUUCCUGGUCCAUCCAAGUGAUGAUGAAAGCUGUCAGGCAUUUUUAGAUGAAUUCACCAAAUGGUUGAAAAGAAACCCCAACAAGGACAGAUGUCUCAUGGUUGGAGAUAACCAAGGUAUCUUUGGGACUGUGUCGAACCCUGCGGUCUCAACGUAUGAAAUGAAAAUUGGUGCAAUUACUUUCCGGGUUGCUAUUGGAGAUAUCACCAAAGAAAAAGUAGAUGUUAUCGUAAACUCAACAACAAAAACAUUUAAUCUGAAAUUAGGGGUGUCAAAAGCAAUUUUAGAAGGUGCUGGACCAGCUGUGGAAAAUGAAUGCGCUUGGCUAGCUGCACGGCCUCAUAGAGACUUUAUAAUUACACAAGGUGGAUACUUAAAGUGCAAGAUAAUAAUGCAUGUUCUUGGAGAAAAUAAUGUCAGAGAUACAACUUCCACUAUCCUAGAAGAGUGUGAACAGAGGAAGCACAGAUCCGUUUGCCUUCCAGCUAUCGGAACAGGAAAUGCUGGACAGCUACCCAUCCAAGUUGCGGAUGGUAUAAUCAGUGCUACUGAAGACUUUGCAAAGAAACAUUCUACUCCAUCAUUAAAAAGUGUUAAAGUUGUCAUCUUUCUACCUAAGCUUCUAGAUGUAUUUUAUGAAAACAUGAAAAAAAGAGAACCCUCCAUGCCACAUAUCGUUCAGCCCACAUUCUCCAAUACUGCACUUUCAGGACAUUACAGACAAACUUGUAUAAAGAAAAGUUCAAGAUCUGUAGAAUACAACCUCCUGUCAACUGAUUUUCCGUUGGAAGAAGAAAAUGAGAUCUGGGGAAAAAUAACAACAAUCGAACUGGAAGAGAAUGGAAGUGAGAUCGCAGGAGGAGGUGAAAUUCCUGAUCACUGGACUGACAUGAAUCAGCAGCUGUUCUGUGUGAUCCCGCUACAUCGUGGACAGUCAGAAUAUACUGCUGUGAAAGACAAGUUCUCUCAGAUCUCGCAUUCCUUCAAAAUAAGAAAGAUUGAGAGGAUACAGAAUCAAUUUCUCUGGCAGAGCUACCAGGUAAAGAAAAAACAGAUGGACAUCAAGAAUGGCCAUACGAAUAAUGAGAAACUGCUCUUCCAUGGGACAGACGCAGCCUCAGUGCCCCAGAUCAAUCAGCGUGGCUUUAAUCGCAGUUUUGCUGGAAAGAAUGCUGCCUGCUAUGGGAAAGGAACCUAUUUUGCUGUUGAUGCCAGUUACUCUGCUAAUGAUAAAUACUCCAUACCAGACAGCAAAGGGAGGAAGCAUAUUUAUGUGGUGCGAGUACUUACAGGAGACUAUACACAUGGACAAACAGGAAUGCUCACCCCUCCAUCAAAGAACUUUGACAAUACCAAAGAUACAUACGACUCGGUCACAGAUGAUAUAAACCAGCCAAAGCUAUUUGUGAUAUUCUCUGAUUAUCAAGCGUACCCAGAGUACCUUGUAACUAUGUCAAAAAGAUAGGUUUUUCUCCAUUUCAAAGAGAAAAGAGAUGGAGAAAACAUCUUACAUCUAUAAGAACAAUUUAUAGAGCUUUAAUCUAUCUGUAAGAACAACUUCUAGAGCUUUCGUCUUUGCCCUUGGCUUGUUUCCAUAGAUAAAAAUCUCUCUGUUAGGUGCUGAAAUGCUGAAAAGAGCCUUUAAAAACUGUCCUAUUGGGAUUUGUAGUGCACCACUCUUCUGAGCAUCCUGAUGGGUGGAAGCUGAGAAAUGUAAAUGACACAAUUACAGCUACGACCACUCACAGACACCAAAUCUAUAGGAAAACAAAGAGCACAUUACUUUCUUCAGAAAAGAAAUAAGCAGAACCGCUUUAAAACCAACAUGUCACUGUUCUUACAGGAACACAUUAAGGUAUCAAACUGUGUUGAGCUAACCAUACUAUUAAAUAAAUAGGCUGCUAUAGUGCAUCUGUAACAGCUGAGGAGCUCUCCUCCUUAAGAAACACAUUUGGAGUUCCCU